UUGAUGAUUUUGCUACGGGACGUAACGCUAGCCCGCAAGGAACAACGUCAAGUUUCCCCAACGCGCCCUUCUCCUUCCUCUUUUGCAAGCAGAGUUUGUGCAAGGACGCCGCCUCAGGGCCUGCUCAAGCCCCGCCUGGCACCAUGGUGCGCAUCAGCGUGCUCAACGAUGCUCUCAAGAGCAUGUUCAACGCGGAGAAGCGGGGCAAGAGGCAGGUGCUGAUCAAGCCCUCCUCCAAGGUCAUCAUCAAGUUCCUGUCGGUGAUGCAGAAGCACGGAUACAUUGGCGAGUUUGAGCUGGUUGAUGACCACCGGGGCGGCAAGAUCGUGGUGGAGCUGACUGGGCGGCUAAACAAGACUGGGGUCAUCAGCCCCCGGUACAACAUUGCUGUGGGCGAGCUCGAGGCCUGGACCGCCAGACUCCUCCCCUCAAGACAGUUUGGCUACAUCGUCCUGACCACCUCUGCCGGCAUCAUGGAUCACGACGAAGCCAGGAGAAAGAACAUGGGAGGAAAGGUGCUGGGCUUCUUCUACUGAUCUGUACUCUCGAACUGUUCAAUAUUCACUUUUGCACAAGUUGUUUCGCUUGUGUGAUCAGCCGGAAGGUUCUCGUGUCAUAUCCUUGACUGUCGGCCACAGACAAGCGUGAAGGUUUGUACGCUGGUUGCAAGCCGUAUCUGGCUCUAGCGUGGCCCUGGGGCCACCCUUGUGGGUGUGGCAGGGGAGCCAUCGGCGUGCUAUUUUUCGGAGGCAUCGUCACUGCUGCUCAUACUGUAUCCCGGAGCCCAGACACAGCCUGAUGAUGCGGAUCAUUGCAUACAAGCGCUCUGCAAUGAAGGUCGAAUAAUCUUCUCCCA